AUGUCAGUUGUGCACAGAGUACUUAGGUACUUAAAGGGAACUCCAGGGCAAGGCCUUCAUUUUCCAGCAACAAGUGAUCUCAAACUCACUGCUUUCUCAGACUCAGAUUGGGCAUCUUGUCCUGAUUCUAGAAAGUCAAUCACAGGUUUCUGUGUUUUUCUUGGUCCAGCAUUAGUUUCAUGGAAGUCUAAGAAACAACAAACAGUUUCUCGUUCAUCAUCAGAGGCAGAAUAUAGAGCCUUGGCAUCAGUUACAUGUGAAAUCCAAUGGUUACAGUAUCUCUUACAGGAUCUUCAACUUCCAUCAUACAAAGCUCAAGUGUAUUGUGACAAUCAAUCUGCCAUCAAAAUUGCAGAAAACCCAGUUUUCCAUGAGAGAACGAAACAUAUAGAAAUAGAUUGCCACUUAAUCAGACAGAAAAUUCAAGAGAAUUUGAUCAACUUAUUUCCAGUAACAUCAGCUAAUCAACUUGCUGAUUGCUUCACAAAGCCAUUACCAGCUCCAUCUUUUCAAGCUUCUACAAUCAAGCUGGAUAGCAGUUACAACUUCUUGUAUAUAAACAAUGAUUCAUUAAUCAAUAAAGAAGACUGCCAGAGGAGCGUUUACAAUCUUGGUUAUUAUCAGCCAACAAAGGCUACAACAUCUGAUAGUACUAAUGCCAUAAACAACACAACUCUUACCAUAUUUUUCUUACAUGAUGAUCUCUAUCCCGGAAAGAAAAUGUACCUUAAUAUCAAGAAAUUUUAUUAUAGUUCAAAUUUCUUGCCCCGUAAAAUUACUAAAACAAUUCCCUUUUCAACAAAAAAUUAUUCCGAAAUUUUGAAGUACUUUUCGACGGAACCCGCAUCAAAAGAAGCUCAAAUGAUCAAACACACAAUUGAACAAUGUGAAGCACCAAAAAUGAAAGGCGAAAUCAAAUAUUGUGCUACGUCCUUAGAGUCUUUAGUCGAUUUUGUGGUUUCAAAGAUCGGAAAGAAUGUUUACGCUCUUGCGAACCAGGUUGAUGAAGAAGAGAAUAACAAGAAACAAAACUAUGCUAUUUCUAAUGAAAUCAAAACGAUGGGUGAUCAUCCGAUUGUGUGUCACAAACAAAUAUAUAAGUAUGCUGUGUUUUAUUGUCAUGUAAUAAUGGGAACAGAGGCUUAUAUGGUUCCAUUAGUGGGCGAAGAUGGUUCUAAAGCUAAAGCUGUUGUGAUUUGCCACUCAGAUACAUCAGAUUGGAAUCCAAAUCAUAUUGCAUUUCAACUACUUAAAGUUAAGCCUGGGGGACCGUCAAUUUGUCAUUUUCUUAAUAGGGAUGGCAUUGUUUUGAUUUCUAAUUUGUAAACAGUUAAUUAUCAAUGUGUUCAAUGUUACUAUGUA